UGAAUUGAAAAUAUUAAUAUUAUUAUUUAUUUAUUCCCUUAUCAUUGUCCCUCGAUUUGUUGUUUAUAAACAUUGAAUAUUCAUCAUUCGCGGUUUUUUGAUUUGUGACACAAUUUGAGAGUUAAAAGCUGUCAACUGACGGCCUACGACAAACGUCAACAGCAAUAUGGAUUUCGAGGAAUCGUUCAUGAACGCUCAAGAUUUCGACAAUCUUGUUCAAGUGGAACAAGCGCAGGAGAUGAAUGAGAGCACCACGACGACGACUCCGCCUCCGGUAGCCAACAAACGGGGACGUAAGCCCGGAAAGAAGUCUAGCGAAAAAGUGGACAUCAGAGCCAAACUAGAGAGGAGCCGGCAGAGCGCUCGGGAAUGUAGGGCCAGAAAAAAAUUACGGUACCAGUACUUAGAGGAGUUGGUUACAGACCGUGAAAAGGCGGUUAUAUCGUUGAGACAGGAACUGGAUAAAUACAGGACAUGGUGCAUCGAGGUCGACGAAGGCAGGAUUCCAGAAGGUCUCCCAGGACUCUUGGAUGAAUUGGGUGCUGUAAAACAAGAGUCUGCAGGUGGUGUACUUAUCAUGUAAUGUUAUAUUAUUAUUUUUAUGUUUGUGCCAUUGUUUCCAUUGCAUAUUAUGGGAUUGUUUAUUUCUUUUUCUAAAAGCUUUUCAAUUAACUAUGUUAAAAUGUUUGAUAUUACAUGUAUAU